GGGACUCGUGUCCAACAGGGCAUCGGAGGAGGAGGAGGUGUUCCUGGUAGCCAUCUUGGAUGUGCGGAGUGAUUGUUUAGCGAGAAGAAUUGUGAAAAUUUUUAGAAAAUAAGCCUUUAUACUGAAUCGCUGAAGAUUUACCAGAGUGGGGCGACUGAGGAAAGGAAUCGUAACUCGGAAACAUCCAGUGAAAGAAGGCAUGAAGACAACAUCCUAGUCAUCAGUCAUGGCCGAUAAAAGGAAACUUCAAGGUGAAAUAGAUCGAUGUCUGAAAAAAGUAGCGGAGGGAGUAGAACAGUUUGAAGACAUCUGGCAAAAGCUUCACAACGCAGCCAAUGCCAACCAGAAGGAGAAAUAUGAAGCAGACCUCAAGAAAGAGAUUAAAAAGCUACAGCGUCUUCGAGACCAGAUCAAGACGUGGGUGGCAUCCAACGAGAUCAAAGACAAAAGGCAGCUAGUGGAGAACCGCAAACUCAUAGAAACGCAAAUGGAGCGGUUCAAGAUCGUGGAAAGAGAAACCAAGACAAAAGCCUACUCGAAAGAAGGGCUGGGUCUGGCUCAGAAGGUGGACCCGGCCCAGAAGGAGAAGGAGGAGGUCGGGAUGUGGCUGACGAAUACGAUAGACAUGUUAAACAUGCAGGUGGACCAGUUUGAGAGCGAAGUGGAGUCUCUGUCGGUCCAGACGAGAAAAAAGAAAGGAGACAAGGAGAAGCAGGACCGGAUCGAGGAGCUGAAGAAGUUCAUUGAGAAGCAUCGAUACCACAUCCGGAUGCUGGAGACGAUACUGAGGAUGCUGGACAACGACUCAGUGCAGGUGGAAGCCAUCAGGAAGAUCAAGGAUGAUGUGGAGUACUAUCUAGACUCGUCGCAGGAUCCAGACUUUGAGGAGAAUGAGUUUCUGUACGAUGACCUAGAUCUGGAGGACAUUCCUCAGUCGCUGGUCGCCACCUCCCCACCGGGACACUCGCACUUGGAGGACGAGAUCUUCCAGCACUCCAGCAGCACACCCACCUCCACCACCUCAUCCUCACCCAUCCCCCCCUCACCUGCCACUUGCACUACGGAGAACUCGGAGGACGACAAGAAGAGAGGACGUUCAACAGACAGUGAAGUUAGUCAGUCACCUGUGAAGAACGGAAACCCCUCCUCCUCGUUAUCCUCUUCCUCCUCCUCCUCCUCCUCCUCUUCCUCCUCCUCCUCCUCCUCCUCCUCCUCUUCUUCCUCCGUCUCAGGACUGACCUCAUCCUCACUGGUCUCUAUGGCGACCAUCGCUGGGGGAGGAAGCAGCGGCUCUGGGGGCAACAGUCAUCAUGGCAACUCUGGGGUUCUCCUCUCCAACACUUCCGCUGGCAGCUACAGCAACGCCACCCAGCAGCAGCCGCACCCGUCAGCACAACAACAACAGGCCAAAAACUCAGUGAGCUCCUCCUCCUCAGCUCCCAUCACCAACCCCAGCACCUCCACCAACAGCCACCCCGCCUCCUCGGCCUCCUCUCCCCCCAACGCCAGCACACAGGGGCUUAUGACUUCAAACCUCCAGCCCCUGACUCCAUCGGGGCCCACGCCGACCUCCAACAGCUUCGGCCUCGGGCUGGGCCUCUCUCUGGGGAAAGGCGGCAUGUCCGGCUCCAUCACCACCAGCCCGAUGUCCGGGGGCCUCGGUUUGUCAGGGAUGCCGGCGUCCCUGAGCACCAUGGCAGGCCUUCUGUCCAGCUCCACUCCGGCACCCUACGCUCAGGCAGCUGCCUCGGGCACGGUCGGCUCUGGCUUACCGGGCUCCUUGGGAGGCAUCAGCACCACGUCGACCAACAGCGCAGUGGGCUCCAUUGGCAGUGGAAGCAUCACAGUCGGCGGGCCGACAUCUACAACAGCAGGUCUGCUGGGCGCGGCGGUGGGGGUGACCGGCAUCGGCUCGGGGAUUCUGGGUUUGGGUUCGAGUCAGUCAGGAGUGCAGGGGUCCUCUCUGAUGUCACCGAGCCCGGUAGGAGGCCUAGCCCCAGGAAGCGGAGUAGGAGUCAUCGGGAGCAACGGAGGCAGCUCGGGCUCUGCGGGGAGCGGAGUGGUGGGAGGAAACUUGUCGCUCUCUGUCAGACCGCCAAGCCGACAGAAGCAGAAUGGUAGCACUAGUUACAGUGCUGUGGUAGCAGACAGCACAACAGAGUCCGCCCUCAACAGUGCCAGCCAAUCACAAAGCAGCCAACCCUCGUCUUUGACCUCCACAGCCAAUCAGCCUAAGGACACUGGUCCCAGUUUACUGGGCUCUAUGAGUUUGUCGUCCAGCUCUCCGUCGCCGGCCUCCUACAGCGAGGCCAAAACGCAGAGCAGCGGCAGCCUGCUGAACGGGCCACUGUCCUAUUCACAGUCCUCCGAAAGCAUUAAGCCGCAGGAGCCUCUGAGCAGCCUGAAGUCCAUGGCCGAGCGAGCAGCACUAGGCUCAGGGAUGGAGGGAGACGUGCCUUCCCUGCACCUCACCCCAGACAUCUUCCCCAGCAGCACUACGGCCCCCUCGGGCCCCCCAUCAGCACCUCAGCCCUCGCUGUCAGAGGUCAGCAUCCCCCCGUCAUUGGGGGUCUGCCCGCUGGGGCCCGUUCCCCUGUCCAAAGACCAGCUCUACCAACAGGCGAUGGAGGAGGCGGCGUGGACGCACAUGCCCCACCCGUCCGACUCCGAGAGGAUCAGGCAGUACCUGAUGAGGAACCCAUGCCCCACCCUGCCUUUCCACCACCAGGUGCCACCGCCCCACUCUGACACUGUAGAGUUUUACCAGAGGCUUUCUACAGAAACCCUCUUCUUCAUCUUUUACUACCUGGAGGGCACUAAGGCCCAGUAUCUGGCAGCCAAAGCCCUGAAGAAGCAGUCGUGGAGGUUCCACACAAAAUACAUGAUGUGGUUUCAGAGGCACGAAGAACCCAAGACCAUCACUGAUGAGUUUGAGCAGGGAACGUACAUUUACUUUGACUAUGAGAAAUGGGGCCAGCGGAAGAAGGAGGGUUUCACGUUUGAGUACCGGUACCUAGAAGACCGAGACCUCCAGUGA